UAAGCAGAGAGAAGAGACAAUAAACAAACUGCGGUUCGACUUUUCGACCAUUUAAGCUCCUCCUCGUCCCAGGUCCUCCUAACCCAAUUUGUCUUUCCCAGAAAGAGAAAUACCUCUCGCUCUAUUUUUACCCUAAAAUCAGAUUCAAAAUAAAUAUUACAAAACAACCCUAAUCUUUUAAUGGCUAAAUUGUCCUCGGGAUUUUCUGAAUAUCUGUUUUUUCUCGUCUCCAACCGAUUCGAUUUCACCCAUCUUUUUAUAUUUUCUUUUUGGCAACGCUCUCCUUCUCAGAUUCUCAGUCAGCCGUGUCAUUUUUUCUGACGAAGAAACCAUAGUCAGGAGGAGCCCUCGUACAACUCGCAGAUGGGGAAGCGUAAUUCUCAGCGUAAGAAUGCGGCGAUGUUGGACAGCGAUGAUGAUAAUAGUAGUGAGAGUUCAACGUCGACCGUUCGCUCUGAUCGUAUGUCAGUGGCCGGGAAUGAAGAAAUGCAAGUGGAUAAGGAUAGUUUACUGGACCAAGCUGUAGAUGCUUUGUAUGAGAAGAGGGGUUCCACAAGAGAAAAAGCUCUGUCAUCAAUUAUUGAAGCGUUUAAUAGCAACUUACAGCAUCAGUUUGUGGAAAAGAAAUUUGCAACUUUAUUGCAUCAGUGUCUGAAUUGCAUAAAAAAGGGUUCGUCCAAAGAGAUAUGUUUGGCGUCUCAUGUGAUUGGACUAUUGGCUUUGACUGUCGGAUGUGGGGACAAUGCCAAUGAAUUACUGGAGGAUUCACUACCUGUGAUUUCGCAGGCUUUCAAAUCAGGAUCUGAAGCAACAAAGACAUCCGCGUUACUGGAGUGUUUAGCUAUUAUCACUUUUGUUGGUGGUAGUGACCCAGAACAAACAGAAAAAUCAAUGCAAGUUAUGUGGCAAGUGGUUCAUCCGAAACUGAGUUCCAAUGUAGUUGCAGUCAAACCCUCCGCCCCUGUAAUAACCACCAUGGUGUCUGCAUGGUCCUUUCUUCUUACGACUAUGGAUGGGUGGAAUCUUAAUCCCAAAGAUUGGCAAGAGUCCAUAUCAUACUUAUCUAGUCUGCUAGACAAGGAUGACCGGUCUAUACGGAUAGCUUCUGGUGAAGCUUUGGCUUUAAUUUUUGAGCUAGGAAUUUUAGAGAAGUUCUCUGCCGGAGCUAAAAUUUCAAGUGAUAGCUCAACUGAAGAAGGAAAUAAACCUCGAGAAUAUGUACAUAUACAAGGACUAAAGGCAAAAAUUAUUAAUCAAGCCAGAAACCUUUCAGCUGAGGCAGGUGGUAAAAGUUCUGCUAAAAAAGAUCUUAGCAACCAGCGGAAUACGUUUCGGGAUAUCUUGGAAUAUUUUGAGGAUGGUUAUUCUCCUGAAAUUUCAAUAAAGAUUGGUAGUGAAUCGCUACAGACAUCUACAUGGGCACAGAUGAUACAGUUGAACUUUUUGAAGCACUUUCUUGGAGGAGGUUUUAUCAAGCACAUGCAGGAAAACGAACUCCUUCAGGAUGUUUUUGGAUUCACUCCAAAGAAAAAGUAUCUUUCAGAUUCUGAACAUCGUCUAUCCAGUAGUGAAAAGAGGCUGUUUAGAUCACCAAACUCAGUUGUCAACAAAGCAAGGACCCAGCAACUUAACAAACAGCGAAUGUUAUCAGAGGGUAAAAAUAUUGGCCGCUUUGCAGCUAAUAUGGGGGAUGAUGCGUAGAAAUGGACGUGGUUAUAUUGUUUUGCACCGAUUUUUCGUCUCCAUGCUGGUUUUUGUCAUCAGAUUCCAAACAAUUAUGUCUCGUAGUCAUUUAGUUGUUGGCGGUGGCUCCAAAUA